AUGAAAACGCUAAUUUUUGGCAUGCGUUUUGUUGCAAAUUUAUCGACACUAUUAAAUGAUAUAUCGAAGUUAACUGAACGAUAUCAACAUAUUAUUAACAAGUUCAUGUUUCAAACAAUUUAUAUAAGUUUGAAUUUGCUAUUGAGUGUUUUGUUUUUAAGGAAAGAUUAUCGAUUUGAUGCUGUUGAAUGUCAAAACCCAUUGGAGUUUGUAGUUGAUCAAUGGAAGAUAGUGUUUAGUACAGAAAACAGUGCAAAAUGGAUACUAAUCAAUAUUCCACCACUCUAUAAUCAAUCUCAAAUAAUACCAACAUUUGAUGAGUACAAGCAACAUGUUCUGAAUAAAACAUUGAACUAUGCUACAGAACUGGAAGUAUCAAAAGUUCACCUUGUCACGAAUGAUGUCAUUGAUUCGUCACAAAUGUAA